CAAUAGUUUUCAGAUGUACACUCCAGCGACGCCUUGUUCACCGCGCGGAGACCUGGGUCGGGAGUAACCAAAAUGGCGGAAAUUGCGAGACCGAAUUGCACACAUGUAAUAUUCGACAAUGAUGGGCUUCUUUUAGACACAGAGAGAAUAUAUACAGACAUCACCCAAAAGAUAUGCCAAGAGUACGGCAAGACAUUUGAUAUAUCCCUGAAGCAGAGGAUCAUGGGGAACUCCAAACAUGUUUCCACAAAGGUGGUCAUAAAUGAAAUGCAACUUCCGAUUACUGUAGACGAGUUUCUGUCCAAAGCAGGUGCUCUGAACUUGACACUUUUUCCAACUGCCAAGCUUCUGCCAGGUGUGGAGAAGCUUGUUCGCCAUCUCCACAAACAUAACAUACCAAUAGCAGUAGCCACAGGAUCAGCAACUCGGGAAUUUGACCUAAAAAUCACUCAUCACAAAGAGCUUUUCAACUUGUUUCACCAUACUGUCAAAUCAGACGACCCUGCAGUUAAACAUGGUAAACCUAAUCCAGACAUAUUCCAAGUGGCCGCAUCAAGGUUCACCCCACCCCCAGCCUCACCAGACCAGGUUCUGGUGUUUGAAGACGCACCUAAUGGUGUCCAGGCGGGCAAGGCGGCUGGCAUGAACGUUGUGAUGGUACCUGAAGCCUAUGUCAGUAGAACACUCUGUAGUGCAGCAGAUCAAGUCCUGAAUUCUUUAGAGGAGUUUAAUCCUGCUGACUGGGGACUGCCCUCAUAUUGAUAUUUUUUUAGACCGUGUAUUAUAUGGGCCAUAUCAUGCAAAAAGAGAUUGUCUUUUUUUUUUCAUCCAGGGUGGUGUUCUACAUGAUAAUGCAAAAAAAUUAUAGGGUUUAUAAUUAAUAAAAGAAUAGGAUACAA